AAUGGCCUCCUUUUGCCCCCUCAUCUUAUUGCUACUUUUUAUGAACUCUCCUUUGCUCUCUAUAGCUUCUGAUCGUCGUCUAAAUUCACAAACCUCUUCUUCUUCUUCUUCUUCUUCCAUCUCAGCCUCACCAGCAUUGUUAACAAAUCCUCCUGCUAUGUCUCCCUACCAAGAACUUUCACCUGAUAUAUCUCCACUCUUGCCUUCUCCUGGUGGUGUGGUGCCUACUCCAACAGGCAUCUCCGUGCCCACCAUUCCCUCCAACCCCAGCCCACCUAAUCCGGAUGCCCCUGGCCCAGGUUCUGCUUUUCCGCCAUUCGGCUCAUUGCCUACUGCUUCCUCCAUGGCGCCAAGAAUUCUACUCGGGCAGUUCAAGCUUUCUCUAUAUGCUGCAGCAUUUUGGUCAUGCCACCACCUUCUCAGGGUGUGAAAUGAAAAGUUACAAAUCUUUGUUCAUGCUCUUUUUUCUUGUUAUCAAAGUAACAUGAGAGUCAUAAUGUAUGUAGUUUGUUAAAUUAUUUUGUUGAGAAGUAUCUGAAUCUUAAUUCAAGUGAAGCUUGUGUUGCUGCAAAUGAAACUCUUUUCCAGUGGUGAAUGAUGUACAUGUUGGGGCCAAAAUAAUUGAAAUCAUCUGUCUUGGUUAAAGUUGGAGCAGGUGAGAUAGGAGAUCACAUGGCUUGGUGUCAAAUCCAUAUGGGAAGAAGAAACUAUUUCUUCUCAAAAAGAGCAUGUGAGGAGCACCGAUUGAGUUGAUUAGGUUGGCAAAUGGUUGAAUAACAAUGUGUCAAACCUGGCCACAAUUUAAUAUUGAUGAUUAGGUAAUCAGUUCUGUCUGUUAAUCACUGUCCUUACUCUUUAUUUACCACCCAUCUUUUUUCUUUC